UGCUUGGUGUUUCGCAUAUGUUUUUUUUCUUCUUCUUGUUUCUAUCGAAUUUACUUAAAUAAGCAUUUGUUUCCUUAGCUUCCCCUGCUUGGCCACAAAACACUCAAGAAUUGAGAAAAGGGUUAAUCGAGAAUCUUGAUUCUAAGGAGCCUUAGGCUUGGAUUUGUGACUUUUGCAUGUCAUGGAUUUAAGGGUUCGAAACUGCUUCUUUGUAGAAAUGCAAGGAAAAGACCGCAUACAGUGUCCACUUUCCCACCCCGGGCGGAUGUAGUGAAGGACCUAUGGGUUCAUUCGAACCCAAUAGCUUUGUCUCGGACCUGUAUAUGGGUUAAAAAUUAAAUAAGUACAACUGAUAGAGUUCGAACCCAGUAAAUCAAAUGGGUUGUGGUAGAAUUCUGAACUGGAACCUAUAAUGUUCAAAUCUUGGAUCUUCUCUAUUUAUCCCUAUCCUUUGAACUAGAGGGGAAGCACUUUGUGUAUAGGGAACACUCUUAUAUUACUAUAUUGUUGAGUUUCAAGCAUGUCAAAACCAUUUGUGGAUGUAUCUCAGAAUGGUACUUUAAAGAAUUAUGACUCUUGCAGUAGUAGUGUGGCCGAAUUGGAUGAUAUUGAUUUCUCGAGGAUACCUAGGCCAAGAAACUUGAACAUUGAGAGGAAGGGCUCCCUCGAUGAGAGGUCCUUCAGUGAAGCUCAGAUGAUGGGAAACUCUCCUCCUCCCCCUUCCAGAGCAGAAUAUUAUUCCCGCGGUUCGGACCACUUUGAUACUGUCCAUUCACCUGCAAAAUGGUCUGGUUUUACCACUCCAAGGUCACCUUUUGGGGCCGAGCCACAUCCGAUGAUAGCUGAGGCUUGGGAAGCUUUGAGGCGUUCUUUGGUGUACUUUCGCGGGCGUCCUGUUGGGACUAUUGCCGCGUUAGACAGUUCAGAUGAAAAGCUUAACUACGAUCAGGUGUUUGUCAGAGACUUUGUUCCAAGUGCGUUGGCUUAUUUAAUGAAUGGGGAACCUGAAAUCGUAAGAAAUUUCAUCUUGAAAACUCUUCGUCUUCAGUCAUGGGAGAAAAAGAUAGAUCGAUUCCAAUUGGGAGAGGGUGUAAUGCCAGCUAGUUUUAAAGUGCUCCAUGAUCCAGUCAGGAAUACAGAGACAUUAAUGGCAGAUUUUGGUGAGAGCGCAAUAGGAAGAGUGGCGCCUAUUGAUUCUGGAUUUUGGUGGAUUAUAUUACUUCGUGCAUACACGAAAUCGACAGGGGAUACUUCCUUGUCUGAGAUGCCUGAAUGUCAGAAGGGAAUGCGCCUGAUACUUAGUUUAUGCCUUUCAGAAGGGUUUGACACAUUCCCGACUCUUCUUUGUGCUGAUGGAUGCUGUAUGAUUGAUCGUAGAAUGGGUGUUUACGGAUACCCAAUAGAGAUACAAGCACUAUUCUUCAUGGCCUUAAGAUGUGCACUUCUCUUACUCAAGCAAGACGCUGAAGGGAAGGAAUUCAUAGAACGAAUUGUAAAGAGGCUGCACGCAUUAAGCUAUCACAUGCGAACCUACUUUUGGCUCGACCUGAAGCAAGUUAAUGACAUAUACAGAUAUAAAACUGAAGAAUAUUCCCACACAGCAGUCAACAAGUUUAAUGUCAUUCCCGAUUCUCUUCCAGAAUGGGUUUUUGAUUUCAUGCCACUUCAUGGAGGCUAUUUCAUUGGAAAUGUUGGCCCUUCAAACAUGGAUUUCCGAUGGUUCUGCUUGGGCAAUUGUAUUGCAAUUUUAUCUUGCUUAGCGACCCCUGAACAGGAAACUAAGAUCAUGGAUCUUAUUGAGUCACGUUGGCAUGAACUGGUAGGGGAAAUGCCUUUGAAGGUUUGUUAUCCAGCUAUAGAGGGUCACGAGUGGCGGAUUGUAACAGGAUGUGAUCCAAAAAAUACUAGAUGGAGCUACCAUAAUGGAGGUUCAUGGCCAGUGCUUUUAUGGCUCCUCACGGCGGCGUGUAUCAAGACUGGACGGCCGCAGAUAGCAAGGCGUGCCAUUGAACUUGCUGAAACGAGGCUGUCCAAGGAUGGGUGGCCUGAAUAUUAUGAUGGAAAACUUGGACGAUUCAUUGGGAAGCAAGCUCGGAAACACCAGACAUGGUCAAUUGCUGGCUACUUGGUGGCAAAGAUGAUGCUUGAAGAUCCAUCCCAUGCGGGAAUGGUAGCACUCGAGGAAGAUAAGCAGCUGAAGCCUGUCUUGAAAAGAUCAAAUUCGUUUUGAUUGUUAUAUCUCACCUGUUACAGAAGUUUCUUCUAAGCUUUUAUUGAUCUCAUAACAUUUCAGAAUGUGGAGGAAUACAAAUGAAGUGCCAGAGCAUCAUAGAAGAAAACAAGCAAAGGUCUUGUAGGGAAGUUACAAGUAAGCAUGUUGUAGAAUGCCAUCAAUUUGCUUUACUCUGUUUCUUUUUCUGUCCACCCUGUAAUCCUUCCGGAACUUAGUUUAGCAGCAUUUUCAACAAUCUACUUCUAAUAUGAUUGCAAAUGCUAAUUGACAUGUAGCUCUUAACAUGAUCUA